AUGGCGAAGGUUCACGAAAACCACGGGACCUUUCGAUGCGCCGCUUUGGCCCCAGAUAUGAUAUACACGGAGAAGGCCGCGGGCGACGACGGCAAGCCCCAUGCGUUGUUCGGCGAGCCUGGCGCCGGCACCCCGUGCCAGCCCUUCGAGUUCGAGUGCAUUGCCGACGGCGACGGCAAGAUCGACAUGGACACCUUCUCGAAACCGAAGUCUUUCUGGUUGAAGGUUGCAUCCGACGGCCCCUCGCAGUGGCGCAGCGAGCUGCGGUCGCACGCCGAGAAGAAUGAUAUGCCCAUCAAGGAGAAGAAGGACAAUAUCUUGCCCCAGUUCGCCGAAUGCAAGGGGGCCCACGUGAGCAUCGUCCUGGCCAAGGUUGAUCACUACGAGAAGUUCAACUUCAACCCGAAAGACAAACAGGUGUUCACGGUUGACCCUGUUCUGCCUUCAGUCUUGGCGAUGCAGCGGACAGUGGUGGCCGACGUUUCGUCGCAGGCCUUCCCCCUGCGCGGGGCCCCGCACUUCGCCGCGGUGACGGAGGGCCUCAUCAUGGUCGUCAUCGUGUCCAGCGAGGCCGUCGGCCAGAACAUCGUGAAGUACCUCGAGAAUACCAGCGCCAAGAGCUUGCUGAAGGCACCGUCCUCUCUGCUGAAGAAGGGCCAGUCGGUGUGGGUGCCGUUCUGCAAUGCCCCGCUGGUGGUCGGGAUCGAGCCCGAGGAUAGCAGCGUAUUCGAGCCUGGCUAUGAGAUGGCCAGCAAGGGCAGCAGCAAUGGCAAGGACAAGGGUGGACCGACCACCAUGUCUUGCAUCCAGACGUUUGCUCUGGACAAACAGCUCAAAGGGGGCGACAGCGACGUGCGCGCCGACGUGGCCGGCUCGGUCACGCGCGGCCUUCCGUCGCUCCCGAAAGUUCUGAAACCGUCCCUUGACAAGAUCAAGGAGUGGACGGCGGCCAUCUUUUAG